CAUGCCUUGCUCAAUUUGGAACUGCAACCUUCUGUUCUCUACACCCAUUUCUCUGUCUCUCUUGCCUUUAGUUUAACUUUUUCCUAACCUUUUUAAUCUCCUUCCUUAGUAAUGAGUUACUUUCUUAUGCUCAGCAAGUCUCACGGAGAAGGACUGCUUUCUAGAUACCAGCGCUUGCGGCAAGAUGGACAAAUGUGCGACAUCAUUCUAAAAGCUGAAGGCAAGGAGUUUCCAGCUCACCGCACCUUGCUAGCCUGCUCCAGUGACUACUUUUGGUCAUUAUUCCAGGAACACACUUUGGAGUCCAAGGCUCGGACUGUUUUUCUACCAGCUGUAUCCGCAACUGGCCUGGAACUGGUCCUGGACUUCAUUUAUACCUCAUGGAUCUCACUAUCUCCCUCUACCUUGGAGGACACCCUGGAAGCAUCCUGCUACUUGCAGGUUACCCAUGCUCUCGAUCUCUGCACUGAGUACAUCUCGAACAGCCUCACUCUGGAUAACUGCUGCUUUUUUGCCAAUGUUGCUGCUCGUUACAGUCUCUUUGAGGCAUGUGCUGUCACAAGUCAUUUUAUUGCAAGGAACCUGGCAGGACUUCUAGGGGACAGAUCUGGGCUGCUAGACCUGAACUUUGACUCUUUUCGAGAGGUGUUGGGAUCCGAUGAGAUACCAGGGGUGAAAGAGACAGCUCUGCUACAGCUAGCUCUGGACUGGUUGUCUUGUAACUCUUUACCUGCCUUGGAAAGUAACUCUUUACUCAGUCGCAUUCGAUUUGGCCUGGUGCCACCAAAAGAUCUGACCCAUCUGAGUUCCCUUAACCCAACCCUACGCACUCCUUUUAUUCACAGCUUAGUACAGAAAGCCCUGCACUACCACAUGCAGGUUCCUCUCCAGCCACUUAUCCAAAGUAUCCAUACAAGUUUAAGAGGCACAACCAACACAGUACUCCUGGUCGGAGGAGGUUCAGAAUCAGACAGACCGCAAACCCAAAUUCAGAGCUUCAAUCAAGAGAGCAAAAAGUUCCAGGUGCUGCCCAUUAACAUGGUGAAGAAGCUCCAGCAUCAAGGAGUUUGUGUGGUGGGAAAUUUCCUCUUUGUGCUUGGAGGAGAGGUUGUAGAGGUGGAUGAGGAGAAUGUGAAGACAGCAGUGAUGACAGUGUCUGACCAAGUGUGUCGCUAUGACCCUCGGUUUGAACGUUGGGAAGAGAUGGAGCCGCUCUUACAAAAAAGGGCACAGUUCUCCUGCUGUGUGGUUGAAGGUGUAAUCUAUGCCAUAGGAGGACGAGGCCAGAAAGGAGAGCCCACCCUGGCUUCAGUGGAAAAAUACAACAUGAAUGCAGGCUGCUGGCGUAGCAGUGUAGCUUUGCCCCAUGCUCUCCAUGGACAAGCUUGUGCAACAAUUGGCAGAGGUAUCUAUAUCUCUGGUGGCAUUCAUGGCAGCCAUUCUGAGAGUAGUAAGGAAGUGUUGUUUCUUAACACCUUUGAUAAAGAUGUCUGGGUAAGGCGCUCCCCUAUGUCUAUUGCCAGAUUUGGCCAUCAAAUGGCAGCCAUAAAUGAAAAACUCUAUGCCUUCUUAGGGAUGUAUGAACCAUUUUGUGACAUCGAGUGCUACGAUCCCAAACAAAAUCAGUGGACGAGACUAAAACCGCUUCUGCAAGAUCGCUUCUGUUACGGUCUGACCGUCACACCAGGCGGAUGCAUGUUGAUGUUUGGAGGUAGAAAGUGGCGUGAUGGACAGGAAGUGUGUGUUUGUGAUGUUCUGGAGUACAAUCCUGAAUAUGACUGCUGGAAGAAGGUGUGUAAGCUGCCACAUCCAUUAUGUGGGGCUCAGUGUGCUCAGAUGAGUCUCCAAGAAUGUACAGAGAGCUAGGAACCCAUGAAAAUCCCCAAACCUCCAUAUGCACCCAGAGAACUAUGAGAUUGUCUUCAGCCUGAGUAGAAAAGCAGAAGAUUGUUCAGUCUGUGAAUACUUGGCAGGCUUGUAAAGGGUAAAUCUGACUGAUCCGUGCAGGCAGAACGGAUUUUGACCUUCAGAGCGGUGAAUUGAAUAAUCUUGGCGCUGGAGGCACUGCAUUGUAAGCAUGACAGCAAUGGAAGGUCAUAAUGACAGAACGAAAAUGACAAGAGUCCACCAGGUUCAGGGGUUGUCAUAUUGCCCGAAAAAUUACAUUUACACAAAUUGAACCCUGAGGACUGUCUGAAGCAGCUGGAAGCACAGUCUUAAACACAGACUGGAGAUCUGGCAAUGGAUCCAAAUACGUAAGGCAGAAAGAACUGAAGAUUUCUGGCAGAAAUGGGGGCUUAAGCAGAUAAAAGGAUGGCAGGACAAAAGAAAAACAGAAUAGAUAUGUAAGAAAAAAAGGCUGAAGCAUAAAUAGUAUUAAGAACAAGGUAUUUAAAAGUAUGUUAAGUUAAUUAAAGGUCUCUGAGUGUGUGUGGGAUGAAAGUGAGUCGGGGAAGUAGAUUUAGCGCUCUCAAAUGCAAAACGCGGGUCAAAACUCAACAACUGCCUGGGUGUAGAGCGCUUUCCACUCUUUGUGAUGACCUAAGUAAUUAAAAUUCACUGGAAAAAUGUUAAGCGUGAUAUGUUGCACAUCUUGCAUGUGUCAUUUAUCUGAAUCAUGAAAUCAAAAGCGUCUUCCCAGAGCAAAACUAUUUCAGCUUGCAUGCAGAACUUAAUAAAAGCUAUUCAAAGGUAUGCCUUCGGAAAGGGCCUGAAUAGACGCGCGGAGCGUGAGAGCUCGCGUCCCUGGAGCUUGCAAGUCAUUUAGUGUGAUUCAUUUUUUGCUUUGUCGUAAUGAGCUUAAAAUAAAUGAAAUGAUUAAUGCGUGGCGUUAAAAGCGAAAGGCAUGAACUCGACAGAAAGAGCGCAAGGAUGUGGUAAUUAACACAGGGGAGAAACACUAGGGAUGUCUGUAUGCUAGGAUACAGCGGAUUAGCACCAGGUGGCCUGAGAGAGAGAGAGAGAGAGAGAGAGAGAGAGGGAAAGAGAGAGAGAGUAUACAGAAAGCAAAAAAACCUACAUGAGGCAGAAAAGCAAGGAUGUCAAAUAAAGUCAC